UGUAUAUGGUAUCUAUUUUCAGAAAAAAGGAAGAAAUACUGAAAUAGGAAGGGCUGAAGCUUUCGAAGGUCCGUCCGUGGUUUACUGCUCAUCCGUCUUCGUUUGUCUGAAGGUCUGAGUUCUGAAGAAAUAAUGGGGAGCUCCUCCACAGUGGAUUUGUCGGAUAUCCCGUCAGUGGAUCUGAUGACGGAGCUCCUCCGCCGCAUUAAAUGUGCUGACAAACCCGACAAACGCCUCAUUCUCGUCGGUCCUCCUGGGUCUGGAAAAGGAACCCAGUCUCCCAUCAUUAAGGAUGAGUACUGCUUGUGCCACUUGGCUACUGGUGAUAUGUUAAGAGCUGCUGUUGCUGCGAAAACCCCCCUUGGUGUUAAGGCUAAAGAGGCUAUGGAUAAGGGUGAACUUGUUUCUGAUGACUUGGUUGUUGGCAUAAUUGAUGAAGCAAUCAAGAAGCCUUCAUGUAAAAAAGGUUUCAUUCUUGAUGGGUUCCCAAGGACUGUGGUGCAAGCAGAAAAGCUUGAUGAGAUGCUCGAGAAACAGGGGACUAAAAUUGAUAAGGUACUCGAUUUUGCAAUCGAUGAUGCGAUCCUGGAGGAGAGAAUCACUGGUCGUUGGAUCCACUCUUCCAGUGGUCGGACCUACCACACAAAAUUUGCCCCUCCCAAAGUUCCUGGUGUUGAUGAUGUUACUGGGGAGCCUUUGAUUCAGCGAAAAGAUGAUACUGCAGCAGUUCUCAAGUCAAGGCUUGAGGCAUUCCAUAGACAAACUGAACCAGUUAUUGAUUACUAUGCCAAGAAGGGCGUUGUUGCACAUCUUCAUGCGGAGAAACCACCAAAGGAAGUUACCACUGAGGUUCAGAAGGUGCUUUCUUCAUAGGAGUGAGCUACUUAGUUUGAAGCUUUUUGAAACUUUUGUGAGUUCUUACUCGUUUAUAAUCGGAUAAGAUGUUGUCCAUCUUUUUUUUCAUCUCCUUUCAUGUUUAAAUUUAACAAGCAUCGGCUGGUUGUAUGAGCUGCUGAGGUGUUACAGAAUUUAUAUUCCCGAAUAAAAAAAAAAUAACAGUUUUUGAGUAAAAUAUGGAAUUCCAAUAUUGUUGCCUUUUAGGACCCGUGUUCUUGUGUUGUGGGAUUGGAGGAAAAUAUCCAUCUGAUCAUGAAUGGUGAUCAAUAAGAUGAAUGACUGGUCUUUAUUUCCCAUA